AUGGAAGGCGUAAGCAACAUCUUAAGCAUAGCGGGGAGUGACAGUUGUGGUGGAGCGGGUAUACAGGCAGAUAUAAAAACUGCAAUGGGGUUAGGAUGCCACUGUUGUACUGCGUUAGUCGUUUUAACAGCCCAGAACACUAAGGAGGUUAAAAGGAUUGUAGAAAUUGAGGAAGCCUUCAUUGUGGACCAGUUGGAUAGCAUUUUUGCAGAUGUGACCAUUGACGUGGUGAAGUUGGGUGUUUUAUAUUCAAAGAAAAUAAUUUCAUUGGUUUCUCAAUAUAUAGUACAAAUGAACAAAAAGAGGGGAAAAAAACUCCUCGUAGUUUUUGACCCAGUAUUUGUAUCAAGUUCUGGAUGCCUCCUAGUGGAAAAUCUGGAAUACAUAAAAUUUGCUCUCGAUUUAAUAUGUCCUAUAAGCUGCAUAAUUACCCCUAAUUUUUAUGAGUGUAAAGUCAUUCUCCAGGCACUAGACUGCCAAAUGGAUUUAUCCAAGGCGAAUAUGACUGAACUGUGCAAAUUGGUGACGCGAAUGUUAGACAUUAAUGCCUGCUUGCUCAAGAGCUGUAACGUGGGGGAAAAUUCCGCGGAGGAAAAUGAGGUGUACGCGGUCGACCACUUGUGUAUCAGAAAGGUUGGAAGUAUUCCUGAAGGUGAAGUAAUACAAAGGGAUGCGGGAGAACUGGGACAGUCGGCACCAGGGGGAGUAACCUACUUAUAUGAUGUGUACAAACUAAGGUCUAAGCGGAAGCCAGGGGUAGACGUACAUGGAACGGGUUGUACCCUAUCUACAGCCAUAGCGUGCUACUUGGCUAAGAAGCAUAACAUUUUGCAAUCUUGCAUAGAGUCUAAAAAGUACAUUUACAACUGCAUCCGAUAUGCCUACCCGUUUGGGAGUAAAAGUCAAGGGUUGAACCACUUGAAGGCAUCUCAAGAGUUGCCAACUUUUACUGAUCUGGAAGUUAUACCCAUUGUUCAGGAUUCCCCUUAG